AUGAUGCGAUAUUCACUUGAAAAUAAUACAGUACAAGGUGCAAAUGUAAGUGUAUCUGUAGAAGGAAAUAAAUAUUACUUUAAUUACCCUUGUAAGGAAUCACACAUUUGCACAGACUAUGUUAUAGAAUUACAAGCAGGUUUAUACAAAUUCCAACUAUAUGGAGCGAGUGGUGGAAGUCAUGCAGGACAAACUUCAUCAUUUCGAAAACCAGACGGAAGUUGUAUCUCAGAUGAUGUUGUUUCACGUGUUGGUGGCAACACAAUUUGCAACAAAAUUGAUAGUAAUGGCGAAUCAGGCGGUUAUGUCAAAGGUAUCAUAUUGUUUCAAAGUGCAAUCAAAAUUUUUGCGACGAUAGGUGGCAAAGGAAUUUUUGGUCAUAAGAUAACAAAAUAUGGAACAGCCGAUUGUUUUUAUAAAGAAAAUAUGCAACCAGGUGGCUAUGGUGGCGGUGGAAGCUCAUCCAACUAUUAUCAAGGAGAAUCAACAGACGGAACAGGUAGGUAUCGUGCUGAACCGUUGGGAAAAAUUGAAUACCCGAGGUUCAGCAUACAUAUAAAAAUGAAAGACUUAGAGCCUAGGGUUAAGCAGGAAGAUAGAGGGUACAUAUGA